AGCACACACCCCUCGCGCGUCGCUCCUGGCCCCACCCGGCCACCGUCGCUCUCUAGAACGCCGCGCCCGUGACCCGGAAGAGCAUUCUCCCUAGCAACUGCGGGACUGCGGCGGUGCCGGCCUCCGGGGAGAAAAGUGAAUGACAGCAGAGCUGCUCAAAGUGGGAACUCUGAGCUGAGCAGUGGAGGUUUCCCUGGAUCUGGAGAGAAGAUUGACCUUGGAGCCAAUAAUGAGCCAUCCUGACCACAGAAUGAACCUCCGGCCCCUGGAGACACCCACAGGUGUGUCUGCUGUGGCUGGCCCACAUGACAUUGGUGCUUCGCCAGGUGACAAAAAGUCAAAGAGCAAGUCCACGCGAGGGAAGAAAAAGAGCAUGUUUGAAACUUACAUGUCCAAGGAGGAUGUUUCGGAAGGCUUGAAGAGAGGGACACUCAUCCAGGGUAUAUUGAGAAUUAAUCCAAAGAAGUUUCAUGAAGCCUUCAUUCCUUCCCCGGAUGGUGAUCGAGACAUUUUUAUUGAUGGGGUCGUUGCUCGUAAUAGAGCCUUAAAUGGGGAUCUGGUGGUCGUGAAACUGCUUCCCGAGGAGCAGUGGAAGGUAGUUAAACCAGAGAGCAAUGAUAAAGAAACAGAAGGUACCUGUGAAUCAGAUCUCCCUGAGGAGCUCUGUGGACACCAUCUCCCACAGCAGUCCCUGAAAAGCUGUAAUGACAGUCCUGAUGUCAUUAUAGAGGCGCAGUUUGAUGGCAGCGACUCAGAAGAUGGACAUGGCAUCACACAAAAUGUGCUGGUUGAUGGUGUUAAGAAACUCUCAGUUUGUGUUUCUGAAAAAGGAAAAGAGGAUGGUGAUGCACCAGUUACAAAUGAUGAGACCACCUGCAUUUCACAAGACACAAGAGCUUUACCAGAGAAAUCCCUGCAAAGAUCAGCAAAGGUGGUUUACAUCUUGGAGAAAAAACAUUCUCGAGCAGCAACUGGCUUCCUCAAACUCUUGGCUGAUAAGAACAGCGAACUGUUUAGGAAAUACGCCCUGUUUUCUCCCUCAGACCACCGAGUGCCUAGAAUUUAUGUGCCUCUCAAGGACUGUCCCCACGACUUUGUGGCACGGCCUAAAGAUUAUGCCAACACACUGUUCAUCUGCCGCAUUGUGGACUGGAAGGAGGACUGCAAUUUUGCUCUGGGGCAGCUGGCUAAGAGUCUUGGGCAGGCUGGUGAAAUUGAGCCUGAAACAGAAGGAAUAUUAACAGAGUAUGGCGUGGAUUUCUCUGAUUUCUCUUCGGAAGUUCUAGAAUGUCUUCCUCAAGGUCUGCCAUGGAGAAUUCCACCUGAGGAGUUCAGCAAGAGAAGGGAUUUAAGAAAAGACUGUAUCUUCACCAUUGACCCAUCAACCGCCCGAGACCUUGAUGACGCCCUCUCCUGCAAGCCACUCGCUGAUGGCAGCUUUGAAGUGGGAGUUCACAUUGCCGACGUCAGUUACUUUGUUCCAGAGGGAUCCGAUCUGGAUAAAGUGGCUGCUGAGAGGGCCACAAGUGUCUACCUGGUUCAAAAGGUGGUCCCCAUGCUUCCCAGGCUGCUGUGUGAGGAGCUGUGCAGUCUCAACCCCAUGUCCGACAAGCUGACCUUCUCUGUGAUCUGGACACUGACUCCAGGGGGCAAGAUCCUUGAUGAAUGGUUUGGCCGGACCAUCAUCCGCUCCUGCACCAAACUUAGCUACGAGCAUGCGCAGAGCAUGAUUGAAAGCCCCACUGAGAAAAUCCCUGCGACAGAGCUGCCUCCCAUUUCCCCAGAGCAUAGCAGCGAGGAGGUACACCAGGCCGUCUUGAAUCUCCACGGAAUUGCCAAGCGAUUACGCCAGCAACGCUUUGCAGAUGGCGCACUUCGUUUGGAUCAGCUAAAGCUUGCUUUCACUCUGGACCAUGAGACCGGAUUGCCUCAAGGAUGUCAUAUCUAUGAGUACCGCGACAGCAACAAGCUCGUGGAGGAGUUCAUGCUCUUGGCCAACAUGGCGGUGGCCCACAAGAUCCACCGCGCCUUCCCGGAGCAGGCCCUGCUGCGCCGGCACCCCCCGCCCCAGACACGGAUGCUUAAUGACCUGAUGGAAUUCUGUGACCAGAUGGGGCUGCCCGUGGACUUCAGCUCCGCAGGAGCCCUCAAUAAAAGCCUGACCCAAACAUUUGGAGAUGACAAGUACUCACUGGCCCGGAAGGAGGUGCUCACCAACAUGUGCUCCCGGCCCAUGCAGAUGGCACUGUACUUCUGCUCCGGGCUGCUGCAGGACCCGGCUCAGUUCCGGCACUACGCACUCAACGUGCCCCUCUACACACACUUCACCUCGCCCAUUCGCCGCUUUGCUGACGUCCUGGUGCACCGCCUCCUGGCUGCCGCACUAGGUGAGGGGUGUGAUCGGGGCCCGGGCAGGCCUGGUACAGCUCGGCAGGGUGUGCGGGCUUUGGGGACUGUGCUUAUUAGGAACGUGAAGGAAAGGCCAGCGAAUGGUCCUUGGCCGCUCUGGAAACUGUGUCCCCUGAAGACAAGGGAGAGAACUGUCCCUGACCCGGCUCCUGCGCUGGGCUUGGUGUUUGCACUCCAGGCACUAGCCCUGCGGUCCCACCACUUCCAGAAGGUGGGCAAGAAGCCGGAGCUUACGCUGGUCUGGGAGCCUGAGGACAUGGAGCAGGAGCCAACGCGGCAGGUCAUUACCAUCUUCAGCCUGGUGGAGGUGGUCCUGCGGGCAGAGGCCACAGCCCUCAAGUACAGCGCCAUUCUGAAGCGGCCAGGCACGCUGGGCCACCUGGGCCUUGAGAAGGAUGAGGAAUGUGACAGCGAGCCUGAGGACUGAGGUGCCAGCAGAGCUCCACCCACCGCCUGCGCCACCUGCCGGCCCCACCGCGUUGGCUUUAGGAAUAGAACCUCUUGACAUGGAGGGAGACUUUUAAUUUGGUUUUUAACAACUCAGGGGUUUGUUUUUAUUUAAUUUUUGCAGCUCAACUUUUAAACAAACUGCAGGGGAGAGGGUGGGGCUGGAAGGAAGGCUGAGGCCUGGUCAGCAGUGACCCCAGCAGAGCAGGCCCUAGUCUUUCUGGGAGGCCAGCUCCCCUUUUCUCUGGGCCCUUCUGCCCUCCUCUGCCCAGGAAACGGGGGUUUUCAGCAAAUCAGUGUCACAGAAUAAAAUCAAGUGUGAAGUGCCA